GUACUGUGAGUGGCGGGACGCGGUCAAAACAAACAUUUCAGGCCUCGAUCCAUUUAUAAAUGACAAUCGCGGUCGGUUAUGUACAAAACGGUGCAAACAACCGCAGAGAGGAAACGUCCACCGCCGAUUAAAGUGCUGUCCGGUCAGCUGAGGACAGCAGAGAGCCGGGGGACAGUAGACAGCGGGGACGGAUGUGUUAUCAAGCUGGGCAGGGGCCGCUCUCUGCUGGUCUCACUGGUGUGGAUGCAGGGAACUGUACUGGAGGUCCAGCUGGACAGAAACACCGUGCUGCUGAUGGAUGAGACGGGGACGUUUGUUGUUCAGGGCGUCAACAACAUUCCCAAAGGGAAACCGUGUUUGUCUCAAGGCAAAUAUGUCAUGGUGAUGGGUGUCAUCCAGGCCUUCUCCCCAGAGCCAGUCAUCCGUGCAGUGAAGAUGGCAGACCUCUCCGAGCUCGCCGCUCUUCACAGACGGAUGUGGAAGUUGGAGGUGGAGGACCUACAGCUGAUGCUGGCCUGAAUGCUGAGCUGUUUGUGAAGGUGCCACAGGACAGGACGCUGGAAGCAGGAUGACCUGCUCCCGUCAUGUGUGUCCAGCAUUAAGGUGAUUGUUGGAAAAACUACCUCACAGUAGUAAACAGCGGAUUCUACUUGAUGUCAGGCUUCUGACUUGGAGAUAUGAUGAUUUAUGACUUUCGAAACAGACUUGUAUUCGCGCAUCCCGUAUUUAUGCUGUGCAGUGUGAUGCUUAAAUAAGAGAAACUUCCCCACUUGACUCCUACUGCAGUCGUAUAAAGAAGAAACGGAACUAUUAUUACUAUUAUAAGUUCUUCUGGACCCUGUUCAUCUAUGGGGUUUUUCUAAGUGACUAAUGAAGAAAGCUAUUUUGGAAUUUUUUCUAGUAUUGGGAA